GACGGAAGGAAAUCCGAAUCUUCAUCUGAGUCUUCACCUCCUAACGUUGUAAACUUGGAAACUGUUGAAACGUCUAGCUCCUCCAUUUCUACUACUAUGGAUAUUUUUUUAACGAAGGACGUGUCUAAACUAAUGAAAGAUCUUAGGAUUUACCUACUUGACAAUUUUUUUGAAAAUCUAAAUUUUACAUACAACUUAAUUGGAGAAAAUAUGUUCGUAAUAUAUUUAUUGAACGUGCAGCUUAUAUUUCGAUGGUGUCACACAAUCGGGGAACUAAUUGAAACAUUCCCCCAGCGGCGCACUUAUGGGGCGCAAAGCGCCCCACAU